AGGAGCAGGGUCAAACACCCCUUGAGCCUCCUAAAUGGCUGCAGCAGAGCUGAUGCCACCCGUGCUGCCCAUACCUAUCUCCUCGCUGUGCCCUGAGGCACCAGCUGUGCACCAACAGUCACUUAUGCUGUGCCCUGGCUUUCAUGGGAGGAGAGUUGUCCUCUCGGACGUUUUUGCAGGCAGGUGGGACAGUGGGAGAGGUGUUCACUUACUCCGUGCCGAUCUACUUCUCUUAGCAGAGAUCUGUUUAGAGACGAGAGAAGCUCUUGCAGUGCCAAAGCUUCCUGAGAACAGUACUGUGGGGAGCCUCUGCAGGCAACGGGCAGAUGUUUGGAGGGGCAGACCCUGGGAGAGGAGAGAUCCCAGAUGGCCGUGGAUCUGCACCAUUUCUUUUCCUGCUAUUAGAAGGACAGCACCAUUCUGAAAAAUCAUCUUUUCUUGUAGCCUAGUAGCUUGCCAGCAAUGGUUGCCACCACCAAAAGCAAAAACUUGCUUCCUUCUUAUUUCAGUUUGUCCUCUUCCCGCAUCCAAGACUUCUGCGUGUUUUGUGGCUUUCAUUGCACGGUCUGUAAAACCAGACCUUGGUAAGCAGCAACAGGGGAGAAGAAAAACCCUUAUAAAAUAUCUUGUCAAGUAUUUGAUCCCAGUCUCAUCCCCCUCCAGCCCUAAGUCUGUUCCCUGUACCUGCCGCAGUGGGAGCUCCAGCCUGGCUGAGCUGCUGGGUGUUCUGUGUAACACUGUGCUUAGAGGAUGGGCUUCCAGAAGCAGGAGUGUUUUGAGAUGAGUCAGUUAAAAAUAAUGGAACCGAUAGCGGCUUUUAAGGACUUGUUUUGGACUAAGCAGUGAAAGCGCACACAUGCUCUCAGCACCUUGCUGCCAGCCAGAAUCGGUGGGAUGGAUUACAGAGUCCCCGGCGCCGUCAGCAAUGGCGAAACGGUGCCCGCACACCCUAGCAUGGAAAAGGAGAAGGAGGAGGACCAGACCCUGGAGCGAGGGCAGUGGAACAACAAGCUGGAGUACGUCCUGUCUGUGGCUGGGGAGAUCAUCGGCCUGGGAAAUGUCUGGCGCUUCCCCUACCUCUGCUACAAGAACGGUGGAGGUGCCUUCUUCAUCCCCUACCUCAUCUUCCUCUUCACCUGUGGGAUCCCUGUCUUCUUCCUGGAGACGGCGCUGGGGCAGUACACCAGCCAGGGAGGGGUGACAGCUUGGAGGAAGAUCUGUCCCAUCUUUGAAGGAAUUGGCUACGCCUCGCAGGUCAUCGUCGUACUGCUGAACUUCUACUACAUCAUUGUCCUGGCCUGGGCCUUGUUUUAUCUCUUCAGUUCGUUCACCAUAGACCUCCCCUGGGGCAGCUGCGACCACGAGUGGAACACAGGGAACUGCGUGGAGCUCCAGAAGGCAAACUCGACGCUCAACGUGACCAGCGAAAAUGCCACCUCCCCUGUCAUCGAGUUCUGGGAGAGGAGAGUACUGAAGAUAUCUGAUGGCAUCCAGCACCUGGGCAGCCUACGCUGGGAGCUGGCUCUGUGUCUCCUGCUGGCGUGGAUCAUCUGUUACUUCUGCAUCUGGAAAGGGGUCAAGUCCACAGGCAAGGUGGUGUAUUUCACGGCCACGUUCCCAUACCUCAUGCUGGUCGUCCUGCUGAUCAGGGGAGUCUCCCUGCCUGGGGCGUCCCAGGGAAUCCUGUUUUACCUUUAUCCAGACCUCAGUCGCCUUGGGGACCCCCAGGUCUGGAUGGAUGCAGGCACUCAAAUCUUCUUUUCCUAUGCAAUUUGUCUGGGAUGCCUGACAGCUCUGGGCAGCUAUAACAAAUACCAUAACAACUGCUACAGGGACUGUGUGGCCCUCUGCUUCCUCAACAGCGGCACUAGCUUCGUGGCCGGCUUUGCCAUCUUCUCCAUCCUGGGCUUCAUGGCGGGGGAGCAGGGCGUGCCCAUCGCCGAGGUGGCCGAGUCGGGGCCUGGCCUGGCAUUCAUCGCCUACCCUCGGGCUGUGGUCAUGCUGCCUUUCUCCCCGCUCUGGGCAUGCUUCUUCUUCCUGAUGGUUGUUUUGCUGGGACUGGACAGCCAGUUUGUCUGCGUGGAGAGCCUCGUCACAGCUCUUGUGGACAUGUACCCCACCAUCUUCCGCAAGAAGAACCGCCGGGAGACCCUCAUCCUGCUGGUCUCCGUCCUCUCCUAUCUGGUCGGGUUGGUGAUGCUUACAGAGGGUGGGAUGUAUGUCUUCCAGCUCUUUGAUUACUAUGCUGCCAGUGGCAUGUGCCUGCUCUUUGUGGCCAUCUUCGAGACUCUCUGCAUCGCCUGGGUCUAUGGUGCCGAGCGCUUCUACGAUAACAUUGAAGAUAUGAUCGGCUACCGGCCAUGGCCCAUCAUCAAAUACUGUUGGCUUUUCAUCACCCCGGCAGUUUGCAUGGCAACCUUCCUGUUUUCUCUGAUCAAAUAUACCCCGCUGACUUACAACAAGAAGUAUGUGUACCCGUGGUGGGGAGACACCCUGGGCUGGCUGCUAGCCCUCUCCUCCAUGGUGUGCAUCCCUCUCUGGAUAGUCUACAAACUCUCCACCAUCAAAGGCUCCCUUAGAGAGAGGCUCCGUCAACUCACCUGCCCACUUGAGGACUUGCCUUCCAGGCCAGGCAUGGGACAUCCCCUUCCCUCCACCAGAGCUGGCCUCCUGAUGCUGACAGAGCUCGAAUCUCACUGCUAGGACCAGUGUGGCUCUCCCUCCCUCCCCCCAGGACGGUUUCUAUACAGCCUUUACCACCUGUUGGAUAAUGCAAGGAUUCUUCACUCGCCAAGGAGAGAGGGAUUUCGGGCCUGAGCUCCCUUCUCUGGAAGAUUUGAAGGGCUGAGGAAGAGGCUGCCGUGGAGAUGGUCUGCGUGGAGUUAGCAAUGCACCUUAAUCCUCUCCCUGGAGAGGGCUCUGAAUGGGCAGAUCAAGCACCGGUGUUCCUGAGCAUCCCCAGCAUUCUGGUGGGUAGAAAGGAAGGACUGAUCCUGGAGUGGAGAGUGUCAGAGAGCCACAGAGAUGCGGCUCCAGUGUGGACUUUGGGAGCGUUUCCAUUCAUUCCAUUAAAUCCUUGUUCUUCCCUUCUA